GGUCUCCCUCUGUUGCCUAUGGGGAGGGAUAUCUCUCCCAAGGCUCAAGGGAACCUCCUGUCUUGGCCUCCUGAAAAAAUGGGACUUGAGAGACUGCCUAACAUCUGAACGUACAAAACCAAACAGAUAAACUCUUGCACCAUUGCUACGCCCAACAUUUUACUGUAGAGGAAUGCCACUGUACAUGGAUUACAAGCAGGUUAAAAAGAAAAAUAGCUGAUUAGAUCUCUGAGUACCCAGUGAACGGGAUGACCGCCACCGCUGCCGUGGAAACACCAAAAAUGGAGAAGAGUGCUUCCAAGGAAGAGAAGCAGCAGCCAAAGCAGGAGGACAGGACAGACCGAGGCAAUGCUGAUGCUGAGGAAUGGAUGAGCUCUGAGAGUGACCCUGAACAGACGAGCUUUAAGAGUGGCCACAACAGCUACCAAGCUGCAGAUACUCAGUUGAAGAAGAGAGAGAUGCCCUCCAAGCCCCAUCGCCAGCUCUGUCGGUCACCCUGCCUGGACCGGCCAAGCUUCUCCCAGAGCAGCCUUUUACAGGAUGGGAAGCUAGACUUAGAGAAGGAAUACCAAGCCAAGAUGGACUUUGCUCUAAAGCUGGGCUAUGCAGAAGAACAAAUUCAAUCCGUGCUUAAUAAACUAGGCCCAGAAUCGCUUAUUAAUGAUGUAUUGGCAGAGCUUGUCAGACUUGGAAACAAAGGUGACUCAGAAGGGCAAGUCAACUUGAGUCUGUUACUGCCCCGAGGGGCUAGCUCCAGAGAGAUUGCAAGCCCUGAAUUGUCUCUUGAAGAUGAAAUAGACAAUAGUGAUAAUUUAAGACCAGUUGUUAUUGAUGGAAGUAAUGUGGCAAUGAGCCAUGGGAAUAAAGAAGAAUUCUCCUGCAGAGGAAUACAACUAGCUGUGGAUUGGUUUCUAGACAAAGGCCAUAAAGAUAUCACUGUAUUUGUACCAGCAUGGAGAAAGGAGCAAUCUCGCCCUGAUGCACCAAUUACAGAUCAAGAUAUUCUACGUAAACUGGAAAAGGAAAAGAUUCUCGUCUUCACACCAUCCCGAAGGGUCCAAGGCAGAAGGGUGGUCUGCUAUGAUGACCGGUUCAUAGUCAAAUUGGCUUUUGAUUCUGAUGGCAUCAUUGUAUCCAAUGAUAACUACCGAGACCUUCAAGUUGAAAAGCCAGAAUGGAAGAAGUUUAUAGAGGAGCGGUUGCUGAUGUAUUCUUUUGUGAAUGAUAAAUUUAUGCCUCCAGAUGAUCCUUUAGGACGCCAUGGUCCAAGCCUUGAGAAUUUCUUAAGAAAGAGACCUGUUGUUCCUGAACAUAAAAAGCAGCCAUGUCCGUAUGGCAAAAAAUGCACCUACGGCCACAAGUGCAAAUACUAUCAUCCAGAGCGGGCCAACCAACCCCAGCGUUCGGUGGCUGAUGAGCUCCGAAUCAGUGCCAAACUGUCCACAGUGAAAAUAAUGAGCGAAGACACCCUGGCCAAGUGUGGCACAGGGAUGUCUACUGCCAAAGGUGAGAUAACCUCAGAGGUCAAACGUGUGGCCUCCAAGCGCCAAUCAGAUCCCAGCAUCCGAUCUGUGGCUACAGAACCUGAAGAGUGGCUGUCCAUUGCCCGUAAACCUGAGGCCAGUUCUGUCCCUUCACUUGUGACCGCUUUAAGUGUCCCUACAAUCCCUCCCCCGAAAAGCCAUGCAGUGGGUGCACUCAACACCCGUUCAGCCAGCAGCCCCGUGCCAGGGUCUUCCCAUUUCGCCCAUCAAAAGGCCUCUUUGGAGCACAUGGUCAGCAUGCAAUACCCCCCAAUCCUGGUUACAAACAGCCAUGGCACCCCUAUUAACUAUACUGAGCAAUACCCAAAGUUUGAGACCAUGGGAGACCACGACUACUAUUCAGUGUUAAGCGACUUCUCCAAACUGAGCAUCAACAGCAUGCAUAAUCAUGAGUACUACAUGGCUGAAGCAAACCAGGGGGUUUAUGUUCGGAAUCCCAGCCUAUGUACGGACAGUCACAUGAGCCAUACCAGGAGUGACAACUAUUCCUCUUAUAACAACUUGUAUUUGGCUGUAGCUGAUGCCCAUCCGGAAGGCACUUUGAAGCUUCACCGCUCAGCAUCUCACAACCAUCUUCAGCCGUUUUCCCAUGGUUACCAUGAAGCCUUAGCGAGAGUGCAAAGUUACGGUUCAGAAGAUUCCAAGCAAGCACCCCACAAGCAGUCAGUCCCUCACUUAGCUGUGCAUGCCCAGAACCCAGCAACUGGUGCACACUCUAGCUGUCCUGGAGACUACACCAUGCCUCCCAAUAUCCAUCCUGUGGGGCCCUCCCAGCCAGGCCGUGCUCUGGUGAUGACUCGAAUGGACAGCAUUUCUGACUCCCGCCUCUAUGAUAGCAACCCCAUGAGGCAAAGGCGGCCUCCUCUGUGCAGGGAACAGCAUGCUAGCUGGGAUCCAUUGCCCCGUACAGCUGACUCCUAUGGAUACCACUCCUAUCCCUUAGGUAACAGCCUCAUGCAACCAUGUUAUGAACCAGUCAUGGUAAGGAGCAUGCCUGAAAAAAUGGAGCAGCUUUGGAGGAAUCCUUGGGUUGGAAUGUGCAAUGAUGCCAGGGAGCAUGUGAUACCAGAGCACCAAUACCAGACGUACAAGAACCUCUGCAACAUCUUCCCUUCUAACAUCGUUCUUGCAGUGAUGGAGAAGAAUCCCCACACAGCAGAUGCUCAGCAGUUGGCAGCCUUGAUUGUUGCCAAGCUUAGAGCUGCACGUUGACAUGACAUAGGACUUAUUCCUUUACAUAAAUAUGAAUACUAAUAAUACAUGAUACUAUAAUUCUAAUAAGUAAUAAUUUGUGUUGUUCUUUUAAAAUUACAGAGUGUUUAUAUCAUUUUAGUACAUAACAACUCUGUGACGUAGAUCUUGGUAACAUCUAAUUUUAUUGAGGAAGAAACUGAAGCUUGAUGAGAUUAGCUGACCUAUCAAGGUCACACUGCUAGUAAAUGACCAAGUCAAGACAUAAACCGAAGUUCUCUGGCCCAACGUCCCAUGCCCUUUUCCACUGAAGUGUGGAGGUAAUGGAGGACAAAACCCAGGUUUUGUCUAAAUGCAAGAAACCCCAACGAUUUUAUUACCAUUGUUUUCUUUUUUAGUUUUUUGAGACAGGGUCUCUCCUUGUAGCACAGGCUUUCCUGAAAACUUGUUAUGUCGACCAGGUUGGCCUUUAACUCACAGAGAUCCACCUGUCUCUGCCUGUAGAGUGCUAGGAUUGAAGGUGUCUACCACACCUAGCUACCAGUGUUUUCUUAGUCACACAUUCCAUAUUAUAAAGUAUGGACCAUCUGUCCUAUUUAGAGAGCAAAUAUAUGAGGAUCAGACUGUAUUGUGAAUUGACCUUUUAAGGGUUUUAUAAUAGAUAUUUAAAACUAAAAGUAAACACAUAUUUUAUUGCAUGGGUAUCUGAUCAUUCAAUAUCUUUAGCCAAGUAUAGGGUCACACUGAAGCUUCUAGAGAUAUAGUUGAACCCUCCUCUUAGCAAUUCUACUGCAUGUAUGAAUUUAUAUAUUUGGUUUGAGAUGUGUUUGUAUCUCUGGUAUCAACUUUUCUAUUGUGAUAAUAAGACAGUAAGCUCUAUACAGUCUAUAGUUUACACCUGUAUAGAUCACAAAUACAACUCGAUGAUUUUGUCACAUUUUAUAGUUUCAAUUAGAUUUAAAAGUGAAAUCACAUGCCAACAUUUAAAGCUUUGCUUUCUUACGCACCAGAGUAAAGCAGCUGUACUUCUUUGACAUAUUUUACUUGCCCAUGUUUAUUAACCAUUCUUAGCUCUCAAGUCUCUUCACCUUAGCAGAUUAGGGAUCAGGCUGGAGCUUUCUAUAGAGGAGGUACUCUAUAAGCACAUAUUCAACACUUAGUAUGUAUAUGACACAUGAGUGCCAAAGAGCUGGACCAGGACCAAGGGACUUCCUACCAGAAUUUACUUCCCUUAUCGCAGGAGGGAUGACAUUAAGUGAUAACUACAGAGUUGGAACUUCUGACCAAUUCAACAUUACAGGACAAAGUGUAGUGAAAGAGAGUGGAUAGCCACGUAUACCACUCUCUCCGGUUGUCCACCCUUUAAGCAAUAAGAUCAGUCAUUGGUAGAGCAGAUUCCUUUAGGAAACAAAACCAGGGUAUUUUCUAGGUGGUAAAAGAGCAGCUUCCAAUGGGGCCCACUGAGUGUUAGAUAAUUCUGAAAUGCACUAUUAAAGAGGGUAUGACUUUUGGGUCAGGCAGCACCGUUUGCACAAUUUGAAUCUUACUCUGGCUAGAAUUCAUUUGUAGCUUCAUGCCUCUAAAAGAGGUAUUUAUUAUUUUGUUUUAAGAUGCACUAAAUGAGCCCUCCUUUCUGAAUCCAUUGUAUAUUUCAACAUUUUGAACGAUGACCAGCUCACAAUUUCUGAAGCUGGAACUUACUAACUUCUACAGUCCUUUUUCAUGAGAGUUGAGAAGGCCUGGCCUUGGCCUUUUGUUUCUUCAUGAGAAGGUGUAAUACUGCCUAUAAAUGUUUCUUACUGUGAAACACUCUGAAUGUGAGGCUGUAGUCAGGGUUGUUUCUGGUGGUUUGAAUAAUGGCUUACAUGCUGCUUUCCAGCUUUCUAUCUCUGUGAAAGUUGACAAACAGUACAUCUUAAACAAUAUUCACUUAGCCACAACUUUACAUUUAUCUCCUCCUACCCACUAACUGUUCCAUUCCCCAGUAUACUGGUAAAGUGUAACAAUAUUUUCUAUCAGGUAGGGCCACACAGACUGACAAUUGUCACUGCAGUGCUUCCUAUCUCACCUUGAACUUCUGGGAUCUUCUAAAUCUGCCCCUUGACGAAAUCAGGGGAUUUGACAAUCUCAGAUUAUUCUGAUACCUUUGUACCAAUUAGUUCAUCUUCCUUCAGUGACACUGCAGUGCCCAGUAGCUUCCCAGUUUCCAGGGAAGCACAGGAUUCGUCUUAUCAGCUGCAAUUCAUCCGGAAUACGUUCAUGUUGAAAACGCAAAAGAAUUGUAAGCUCUUCCCAGUGGGGCCCUCCGGAAUUUUUAAGAUAGCAUAUGUAUUUUUUUACUUUCUAAGAAAGGAUUGCCAUUCCUCUCUCCUUGUAAAAUGUGUAUGAACCAAAGCAGCUAAGAGCAAUGCCUCAAAUAACCAGAAAUGACCUUUUGUUGAUACAAAUUGUAUCUCUUUUCUCCUGAUUGUAUAGAAACAAAUAUACAAAACUCAUCUUAAACUAUGUUUAGUACUUAAUUUUCACCAUAUUUGUGGCACUGUGUGUCACAGGAAAGUAGCCCAGGGGUAACGAGGGAGCUUUUAUUUCCAAAGGGCAGUAGUAGUUUAUAGACAAAUACAGAUUUCAAGGCCUCUUUAUUGUUAGAUGCACAACUAUUGUGUGUCCAAUCUGCAACAUUGUUAUUCUCUUUAGCCUAUUAAAUUUAGUAUGUCCUUACAAAGGGGAUUUUUAUAAAGUGUCAAUAGUAAUAAACCAUAUGUAAGUAGCUUUAAUGGAGCUGUAUAAUUAUGAAUGCAUUAAUCCAGUGUGGUUCUUACAUUUGAGAAACAUUUUUUAUAUCAAGAUCUGCACACUUCUUGACUUUUCCAUUUUGUCUAUAAUUAUAAAAUAGCAAUUAGAGAAGAGCAUUGAGACCUCGUUAGCACCCUUCAAGGGGCUAAGUGUGUGUCCUUCAGGAUACUUACCUCCAAGUACACAGCAGGGGUUAAGGCACAGUGUUCCGUGUGGUUUUCCAGAAGCAGCGGAUUCUGUAAGAGGUGCUUUGUAAUUUGAAUUCCUUCACUGAUUUUCUGACCUCAUAGCAAACCUCUGCCUGUUCACGCCUUAGACUUUGUAGAUUUUCUGAUUUUUGUUUUCUUGUUGUGACCUUAUUAUUGUUGUUGUUUUCAUUUCCACCUAAAGGAGAAAUGUGACUUUGGAGGGGCAUGGUCAAUCCAGGGCACCCUUUCUAUAAGACAGCUCAAAGAAAAAGGAGCCUUUUCAAAGGUAACAUGGAACUACUAAACUCACUUAAGGUACCAGGUGUGGAAGGGAAAAUGUCCGAUGACGUAUGGAAAUGGUCUGUAAAACUUUUCUUCUAAGUAAUGAAGCAUAGAGCAUGAUUUUUCUUGCCCUCUCUUAUUAUCUCAACCCCUUCAGUUUCUAAGAGACUACUUCUCUGCAAUCCAGUUUUUUCUUUUUGAAAUAACCUCUAUAAAAUAAUUCAAUCAUUAAUAUGUCUUCAUCUUUGUUCCAGUUUCCUUCUGACAUGGAAUAGUUCAUUACGAAGAGGCUCUCAGUUAACAUUCUGUCUGUGCUCUAAGUGUGCAGCUUUGUACAAAUGCCCUUUUGGAGGGCUGACAAUUUCAAUCGUUUGUUUUAAUCUGUAAACCAGGUUUGGAAUUGCACAGCGAAAGUAAUGCCAAGUUGUCCAAAGAGCCCUGCUCAGGUCUCCUCCUAACCCUUAUCUUCCUCCUAGUUUGCUUCUCUUCGGCUAUGAAACUGAGGAGUACAUAAUCUUCGACCAACCAAAAUGGCACUAGUGGUAGUUUUUCAUUGGAAAAAAAAUCAGUGUAUUUCUAGAACUUGCUUGUCUAAAGUAGUCAAUGCCUCUGUGAAGACUCAGCAUAUUUGAUAUCUUCUGUAUUAUAGCUAGCUAUACACAUAGGCAGACUGACUAUUUUCUAGUCCUGGUUUGUGUAUCAUUGAGCUAUAGUAAUUUGUUUUAUCCAUUUGUGGGAUUAAACAGUAUUGUUUAAUGGUUGUAAACUUUUUUAUAAAACCACUUUGGGUUUCUUAUUUGACCCAAACAUAAUGUAAGUCUCAAUGACAAAAUACAGAGCCAACCUGAGGUGAGUGAAAAUAUAGCCCUUCUUCUCCAGUUUUGUCCGGCCCUAGGAUGCAUGUGCAAUGCUUUAUACAAUAUUCUCACUAGCAUGAAUGUACUUACAACUUCUUCAUGAGGUUUUUAUUUGUUUCACCUGCAAUUGUGAUGAAAAUGCUGUGUUGUUGACAACAAUGAACUGUAAACCCAU